UUGGGCGGCCAGAGCUGGAAAUCCCUCUCAUCCAGGCAUCACCUGAGCCGGGCGGCAGCGAUGAGCGGCGGCGAUGACUCCUGCCUCAUGGCGACGAUCGUUUACUACAGCCAGGAGAAGUACUUCCGCCACGUGCAGCAGGCUGCCAGAGCGGGCCUAGAGAAGUACAACGAUGACCCUGUGCUGCACUUCUUCAGAGCCUAUGGAGUCCUCGGGGAAGACCGUAUCCAUGAUGCCAUCACUGAGCUGGAGAGCAUCCAGAGCCACCCAGACACUUCCCUGUGCUCUGUCAUGGCUCUCCUCUACGCUCACAAAUGCUGUGACACUGUUGAUGGAGAAGCAGUUCUGGAGUUGGAGAGCAGCCUGAAGGAGAUCCGCAAGACUGCCAGCGACACUGCCUUGUACUACGCUAGUCUCUUCCUCUGGCUCAUGGGCCACCACGACAAGGCUAGGGAAUACGUCGACCACAUGCUGAAGGUCUGCAGUGGCUCCAAAGAGGGCUAUGUGCUCAAAGGCUGGGUGGACCUCACGACCAAUAAGCCCCAUGUUGUGAAGAAAUCCAUCAAGUACCUGGAACAAGGAACUCAGGACACGAAAGACGUGCUGGGGCUCAUGGGCAAGGCAACAUACUUCAAGACACAGCAGAACUUCUCUGGGGCCCUGGAGGUGGUGAACCAGGUUACUGUGGCCUGGGGGAACUUCCUGCCGGCCUUAAUCCUGAAGAUGAGGCUGUUCCUGGCUCGGCAGGAUUGGGACCAGACGAUAGAAACUGGACAGAGAAUCCUUGAAAAAGAUGAAAGCAACAUCGAUGCCUGGCAAAUUCUAGCUGUGCACGAGCUCGUGAGAGAAGGAAACGCGGACAGAGCUACUGACCGUGUCAGGAACCUCAUCAAGGCACUAGAGACCCGGGAACCCCUGAAUCCAAGCCUCCACCUCAAGAAGAUCAUUGUGGUCAGCAGGCUGUGUGGGAGGCACCAGGCCAUCCAGCGCCUUGUGAGCGGCUUCCUGGAGCGCAUCUUCAUGACCGCACCCGCCUGUGCCCUUGUGGCCACGGAGCUUGGCUACCUCUUCAUCCUGCAGCAGCAAGUGAAGGAAGCAAGUCUGUGGUACAGGGAGGCCAUGAAGCUGGAGGAGAACAGGCUGUCUGCCUUGGCAGGGAGCAUCUGGUGCCAGAUCUCACAGGGCCAGCUGGACGAGGCUGCCCACCAGCUUGAGUUCCUCAAGGAGGUGCAGCAGUCCCUUGGGAAGUCUGAGGUGCUGGUUUUCCUGCAAGCCCUCGUGGCAGCUAAGAAGCAAAAGCUGGAGCAGGAGGCCACCGCGCUCCUGAAGGAGGCCGUGGAGCUGCACUUUUCCGGCAUGCAGGGCCUGGCCCUGAGCCCCGAGUACUUCGAAAAGCUGGACCCCCUAUUUCUGGUCUGCAUUGCCAAAGAGUAUCUGAACUUCUGUCCCAAGCAGCCCCGGUCACCCGGCCAGCUCGUUUCUCCACUCCUUAAACAAGUGGCGAUGAUCCUGAGCCCUGUGGUGAAGGUGGCCCCUGCCAUGACGGACCCGCUGUAUGUGAUGGCUCAGGUCAAGUUCCUCUCAGGAGAGCUGGAAAAUGCCCAAAGCAGCCUGCAGCGCUGCCUGGAGCUGGACCCCACUUUCGUGGACGCCCACCUCCUCAUGUCCCAGAUCUAUCUGGCCCAGGGAAACUUCGUCAUGUGCUCCCAUUGCUUAGAGCUGGGUGUCAGCCACAACUUCCAGGUCCGAGACCACCCCCUCUACCACUUCAUCAAAGCCAGGGCCCUCAACAAGACCGGCAACUACGACGAGGCCAUAAAGACCCUGAAAAUGAUCAUGAAGUUGCCCACCUCGAAGAUGGAAGAGAGCAGGAAGUGCCGAAGCCCCUCUAUUCGGCCCAGCGAGCGGGCGUCCAUCCUGCUGGAGCUCGUAGAGGCCCUCCGACUGAACGGGGAACUGCAUGAGGCCACCAAGAUCAUGCAGGAUGCCAUCAACGAGUUCAGCGGCACGCCGGAAGAGAUGCGCAUCACGGUCGCCAACGUGGACCUGGCUCUGAGCAAAGGCAACGUGGACCUGGCGCUGAGCAUGCUGAGAGGCAUCACACCCAAGCAGCCGUGCUACACGGAAGCCAAGGAGAAGAUGGCCAGCAUCUACCUGCACAGCCGCAAGGACGUACGUCUCUACAUCAGCUGCUACAUGGAGCUUUGUGAACAUCUGCCCGGCCCCCACAGCAGCCUGCUGCUGGGUGACGCUUUCAUGAACAUUCAGGAGCCUGAGAAGGCCCUGGAGGUGUACGACGAGGCCUACCGGAAGAACCCUCACGACGCCUCCUUGGUCAGCAGGAUCGGGCAAGCCUACGUGAAGACCCACCAGUACGCAAAGGCCAUUAAUUACUAUGAGGCUGCCCAGAAGAUCAGUGGGCAGGACUUCCUGUGCUGCGAGCUGGCUGAGCUGCUCCUGAAGCUGAAGAAAUACCACAAAGCAGAGAAGGUGCUGAAGCAGGCCUUGGAGCGGGACUCUGGGGCCAAGGACAUCUCAGCCAUGAUGAGUGAGGUUAAGUGCUUGCUUUUGCUGGCAAGGGUUUACAAGAGCCAUAAGAAAGAAGAUGUGAUGGAAACGCUGAACCAGGCCUUGGACCUCCAGUCCCGGAUACUGAAGCGGGUUCCUCUGGAGCAACCCGAAAUGAUCCCCUUCCAGAAGCAGCUGGCAACCUCCAUCUGCGUCCAGAUUGGGGAGCACUAUCUAACAGAGAAAGAUUACAACAGCGCUGUGAAAUCCUUUAAGGAUGCCCUCUCCUACUCGCCUACAGACAACAAGGUGGCGCUGGAGCUGGCUCAUCUCUACUUGCUUCAGGGGCAGCUGGAUUUGUGUGAACAGCACUGUAGCCCCCUCUUACAGACGGAGCAGACGCAGGAGCGAGCGGCCGUGGUGCUGGCUGACCUGAUGUUUAGAAAACAAAACUAUGAAACGGCCAUCAAUCUCUACCGCCAAGUGUUGGAGAAAGCUCCAGACAAUUUUUUGGUAUUGAAUAAGUUGAUCGAUCUGCUCCGACGGAGUGGCAAGCUUGAAGAGGCUCCUGCUUUCUUUGAACUGGCCAAGAAGGUGUCUAGUCGGGUGCCUUUGGAGCCAGGGUUUAACUACUGCCAAGGCAUUUACAGCUGGCACAUUGGACAGCCCAAUGAGGCCUUGAAGUUUCUCAACAAAGCCCGGAAGGACAGCACUUGGGGCCAGACCGCCACCUUCCACAUGGUCCAGAUCUGUCUGAACCCCGACAAUGAGAUUGUGGGUGGCGAAGCCUUUGAGAGCCUGGUGGCCGAUGGCAACUCGGCCAGCCGGAAGGAGUCCCAGCAGCACGGCGUGCGCACCGCGGAGAAGCUGCUUCGGGAGUUCUACCCGCACUCGGAAUCUGGGCAGGCCCAGCUGCGGCUGCUGCAGAGCCUCUGCCUGCUGGCCACCAGGGAGAAGGCGAACGUGGAGGUGGCUCUGGGCGCCUUUAUUGAGAUGGCCCAGGAUGAGAAGGACAGUGUCCCUGCCCUGCUGGCCAUGGCGCAGGCCUACAUGCUGCUGAAACAGGUCCCCAAGGCCCGCACGCAGUUGAAGCGUCUGGCCAAAGUCCCAUGGGUGCUGGAUGAGGCCGAAGACCUGGAAAAGAGUUGGCUUCUUCUGGCAGACAUCUACUGCCAAAGCGGCAAAUUUGACCUGGCCUCAGAGCUGCUGCACCGCUGCCUGCAGUACAACAAGUCUUGCUGCAGGGCCUAUGAGUACAUGGGCUUCAUCAUGGAGAAAGAGCAGUCCUACAAGGACGCGGCGACCAACUAUGAGCUGGCCUGGAAGUACAGCCAUCAGGCCAACCCUGCCAUUGGUUUCAAACUGGCUUUCAACUACCUGAAAGACAAGAAAUUUGUAGCUGCCAUCGAAGUCUGUCACAGUGUCCUGAAGGAGCACCCCAACUACCCCAAGAUCAGAGAGGAGAUUUUGGAGAAAGCCCAAGGGUCCUUGAGGCCCUAGCUGAGGCUGGAGGGGCCUUGGACCAGUAGAAGCCAUCAAUCUAUAAACAUUUCAUGGGGAGAGUAGGAAGCAGAUCCGUAGAGAAAGAAUUGGGAAAAUGAUGUAUUCUCCCCAUUUCCAUAUUGUCUGUGGUUUAUUUGGAUUCUUGCCUCAUCUGGCCCUAGGGUGUCUGGAAGCUUUAUGUUCUUAAGGCCUGAGUGGUAGUUUUGCCUGGGGAAGGAAGACAGCUGGCCAGCUGGCAUAGCUGGGGCUUCCUGGGCCCUUCUCCUGGACACCACAUUUGUUAUGGCUCUUGACGAAACAGAGCAGAGAGAUCUCCCUGGGAAGUAAUGGACAGGAAAGCCCCCUAUAGUCAUUUCAACUGCCCCAAACUUGUCCCCAGCAUCCCCAAACUAAUAAAGCGACUGCUCAUUCCUGCCACAAUGCCCACUGUUCUGCCCCGAGCUCAGACAGGAGACCCAGCUGCAGAAGGGCUCCUGAGCUAAGGCGCUGUGCGAGGGGCAGCGGACUUUCAAGACCCACUGUCCUCUGUCCACAUGGUCUGUCCCUACCCACCUCCCCCAAGCUGGACCUCACCCGUUUGGGACAAGCCGAUUACCACUGAGCCCCAUGCUGCCCUCCGGGUACCACCACACUUUAGGCCAACCAGCUCACCUCCCAGGACCCCAUUUAAUGCCAGAGGGGGCAGUCACCUAGUCAGGUGGUCCCUAUUCAGGAGGCUAAUGGUCAUUUUAACUGGUAAGAGAGCUCACCUUUGCUGGGUUCCCAGUAUGUUUCCUGUUCCUCGGGGUGGAAUUAAGGGUCAGUCCAGCCUCAGGGGAAGGACCUCUGAACCAGGGGUCUGGAGGCCUGAGUUCUCACCAUGUGCCUUCCCAAGCGCUUGUCCUUUCUGAGUUUCAGUGUCCCACUCUUGAGCAAGAAAUUAGACUAGACCUGGGCAGAGCAUGUUGAGGCAGCUGGUGGCCCACCUGCCUGCCUCCCAUGCGCGAAGCCCUGGCUCUGCCGCCCAGCUCCACGAAAACCAGCUUUGUGGUGCACACCCGGAGUCCCAGCGCUUUGCACCAGGCCUAGGUCAUGUUUUCUUAUUGUCUGAGGUUACCUUGGGCUACAUGAGACCAUGUCUCAAAAAGAAAAAGACUCAGCUUCCCAAAUCAUGCCAUGCUUUGCUGGUACUAUCUGGAAAACACUUUCCUUAUGGUACUGGGGUUGAAAUGAGUGGCGCACGCUGCACCCCGACUACACUGUUCACCUUUGCCCUGUUUAUAAAUAGCACAACACAUUUAGGCAUUCGUAGGCGCUGCAGACAGGCGUGAUAUAACCCUACACACAGUCCCGGAGCUUGGGAAGCCCAGGGAGGGCGGCUGCAAGCCCGAAGCCAGCCUGGUUUGCACAGUGAGUUCCAGGCCAGCCAGCACUACAAAGCCAGAUGUGGUCUCAAAAGGAAAGACUGGGUGGGGCUGGUGCGAUGGCUCAGCAGGUGAAGGUUCCUGACCCAACUCUUGACCUGAGUUUACUCCCCGGGACCCACAUGGUGGAAGAAGACAAUCAGCUCCCACAAGCUGCCCUCUGAGCCCCACACAUGAAUUGUGUAAAC